GCGGGGGCGGGGAAAGAGGCUGACUCUAAGGGUCCCUCUAGGAGAACAGCGCGCAGUCUCCGAGGUGUCCGGUCGUCGGAGCCGGGUCACGUGGCUGGUGAAAGCCGAUGCGGAGGCGGGGGGAGGAGAAAUGGGCUGGAGGCCAGGGGGAUAACUGGAGACCCGGAGAGCACCCGGUUGUCAUGGAGCCGUGGGGCCGGACUCGCGCAUGCGCCCCCCGACCUGCGGGGCUGCUCUUGGAGCCGCGACCCCGGCCCUAGGGCAAUCCAGAGGCAGAGUACUGAUGAGCCCGCCUCCGGCCCAGUAAAACAUGGAGAGGAAAAUCCCGUCCAGAGAGAGCCCCAGAAGACUCUCGGCCAAGCAAGGCAGAGGCACAGAGAUGAAGAAAACAGCUCGUCAGCUUGGUGUGGUGGCUGCCGAGUCAGAUAAGGACUCUGGAUUUUCAGAUGGGAGCUCAGAAUGUCUGAGCUCUGCAGAGCAGAUGGAGUCGGAGGACAUGCUGAGCACCCUAGGCUGGAGCAGAGAAGACAGGCUGAGGCAGAGCUCCAGAGCUGCAAACAAUGCCUUCCCUACUCUGUCCCCCAUGGUCGUCAUGAAGAAUGUGCUGGUCAAGCAGGGCAGCAGCUCCUCCCAGCUCCAGUCGUGGACAGUCCAGCCCUCCUUUGAGGUGAUCUCAGCACAGCCACAGCUUUUCGUCCUUCAUCCCCCUGUGCCAUCUCCAAUCAGCCCAUGUCACACCACUGAGAAAAAGUCAGACUGCAGAAACUACUUGCCAAUUCUGAAUUCUUAUACCAAAAUAGCCCCACACCCAGGCAAAAGGGGCCUUUCCCUCAGCGUAGAAGAAAGAGGAGCAGGCAGAACACAGAAGAAAGUCUGCACUGAGAGACUGGGUCCCAGCUUGUCUUCCAGUGAGCCGAUCAAGACUGGCACUGUACCAUCCAGACCCCCUACUCCAGCUCCACCCAGUGACAAACUAGCCGAGGACUCAGCUCUGCAGGGUGUGCCCUCUCUGGUGGCAGGUGGAAGUCCACAGACUCUCCAGCCCGUGUCCAGCAGCCACGUGGCGAAAGCUCCCAGUCUAACCUUUGCUUCCCCUGCCAGUCCUGUCUGUGCCUCCGACAGUACUCUGCAUGGCUUAGAGAGCAGCUCUCCCCUUUCCCCGCUGUCAGCCAAUUAUAGCUCACCUCUGUGGGCCGAGGAACAUCUCUGCCGCAGCCCAGAUAUCUUUUCUGAGCAGCGACAGAGCAAACACAGGCGCUUUCAGAAUACUUUAGUAGUCCUCCACAAGUCCGGCUUGCUGGAGAUCACUUUGAAAACCAAGGAGUUGAUUCGUCAGAACCAGGCAACUCAGGUGGAACUAGACCAGCUGAAGGAGCAGACUCAGCUGUUCAUAGAGGCCACCAAGAGCAGGGCUCCUCAGGCGUGGGCCAGGCUGCAGGCAUCUCUCACGUCUGGGUGCAGUCGUCCAGGCAGUGAGCCAGAAGCAUUCUCUGACCGCCCCGACAUAUAGCACAGCAUAUUUUCCAGUCAUUUGUGGUCCCUUUGACUCUUUGGCUGUUACCUACACCUGUUUCCCAAAGCCUACAUAAGAGCUUUUUCUUCUGAACUCAACUUCCGAAGCCACGUGCCAACCCCUGGCUGCUGUCUCAACCUGUGGUCCCUGUGCAGAUUAAAUAGGUCUCUCUUCCACUGUUCCUGAGUCCUUUUUCCUUAGCCUGCAGGCACUUAGCUGAUCAUGGAGCAGAGCAGGAAAGAAGAUUGUGUGCGGCUCCUCUGUCACCUCCCACCAUCCCAUUUGGUAACUGGAUUAAGGGCGCAGUAACAUGGAUGAGCAUACAGAUUGACACUUGUCAAUCCAGGGCGUAGGUGACAUGAGGAUUCCUUCAUCGAUUGGCCCUUGUGUUAAGUAAGAGGAGGUGUGUUUGUAUUCUAUAAGGCACCGUGCCAGCUGGGCAAAGCCUAACAUGCUUUGGGCACAGGACAUGUCUGGCCAUUCAAGCAGUUAAUCACAUAGCUUUGUUUUCUUAAACUUGAAAGUCAAGGGAAAGGGUAAUACCAUUUGACUCAUACACUUUGAUCACAAGCCAGAUUUCAUUUAUAAACAAGUAGGCAAAAUACUUAUUUUUAAGGUAUAGAAUAUAUUCAUUACCAUCUGGAAUUGUAGGUGACGGAUUGCUAUAUUGAUUAAAAUGCUAGCAUCGGCCUGGGGAUUUAGCCCAGUGGUGCUGCUGCCUGCCUCGAAAACGCAAGGGCCUGAGUUCGAUCCCCGGUAUCAAAAAAAUUAAAAAAUAGACUUUAAAAAAAUAAAAAGAAAGAAAAUGCUAGCAUCUCUUGGUUAGCAACUGGAAGAUUCUGGUAACUCACACUUUCUUCAAACAGUGAAAACUGAAAAGCUCAAGUGUAGCUUCAGUGGUUCAGAGGGUAAGAUAGGAGUUGCCGCUCUGCUGCCAAUAAAGCUGGAUUUUUUCUUUUUUUUGGUACCAGGGGUCGAACUCGGGACCUUGCGCUUGUGAAGCAGGUGCCAGAACCACUGAGCUAAAUCCCUGGCUUUCCUUUGUUUUUAUAAUAGAAGGAAGAACUGAUUAUGCUUCUAAACUUUGAAUUAAAGUUAUCCUGAGGUAAUAAUAAGGCAAUAAAAUGUUGGAAAGCAUUCUUGCUAUCCAUUUUCCCUUCACAUCCUGAGCUUGUCUGUCCCAUGUUGUAGGGCAACUGUGGAGCAGUCCUAUGCCUCUCAUGUGUUGGAUGUUGGCAGCAAAGCUAAAGGCAUGGUGAUGUAUUUUGAUGCUCAUCUGGAGAUGGAGGAUGUGAUCAGAAUUUCCAGAUGAUACACAUUCUUUUCAGCUUCAUUGUAUCAGUGAUUAGAAGUCUUAAGUAGUAAGGUUUCAGAUUUUAUCCCCUUAUUUAAAUUUUUUAUCCUUUUGAAAAUCUUUGUUCUUUACAAAAAUUAACAAGUGUUUUGUUUUUUUUUGUACUGGGGAUCAAACUCAGGACCUUGUGGUUGCAAGGCAGGCACUGGAACCACUGAGCUAAAUCCCCGGCCCUGUUUGUUUUUUUGAGACAAGGUCUCACUAUGUAGUUCAGACUAGCCUUGAACUCACUAUGUAGCCCAGGCUGACUUCGAACUCAGGGAGAUCUUCCUGUCUCAGCCUCCCAAGUGCUAGGACUACAGCAUGUGCCACCAGUCCUGGCUCCUGCAAAGAAAAUGUUCUUGAGUUUUUAACAAGCCCAGAAGUUAGUGAUCACUUUAGUGGGUAGUUGUAACUCUAAUAUGGAUUAGAAACUUUAAGAGUUCUGAUUGCCUGUAAUCUGUUUGCAGACACAUUUGAUUUAGAAAUGACUGAUUUAGAAAUAACUCACUAAAAGUGCUCAAUUCCUCUAGUCAAUGCAGAAUUAUUACCUGCUGUUUGCUUUUCUAAAAGAGUCCAAAAUCAGAGCAAAUGUAUCUCUAAGCAGACAUAGCUCCUUGUAAUAUUUUUCUCUUGGUCCAUUCCCUUUACCUCCCUCAAAUCUGUAUGAUACUAUAGCUGCUCUACUCUGCACCAUCCUAGGAAGCUUCCUUUUUGGCAGAAAUAUGUUUGGCAGCAAAGCUAUAGAGAUAGGUGUGUGUAGAACAGCCUGGGCUCCAGUCAUGAGUCUUAGUGGCAGAAAUCUGAAAACACAUGCUGAGAACCAAAUGUAUUCCAUUUGAAGAGCCCUCAGAGGAGCUAUGAGCCUCUUGGACUCUUCUUCCUAGAUUAGGUUUGCAUUUCCCUUCCUGUCACUGUAAAAGAUGAUGAAAGCCAACAUUGAUCCUCACUGCUAAGUGGCAGGGAGAUGAAGACCCCCUGGCUUCUCUCUGAUCUUGUAACUAGAGCUGAAAGUGUCUAGGCUGUUAGCAUGGAUAUCCUUUCCCUAGUGAAGCUCGGAGUGAAGGAACCCAAGUAGAGAAGCUAGAUCUUAAAGGAGAGACCCACAAGGCCAGAAGCCAGAUCAGCAAAUGGAGGAGCCUUGGAGUUGACCAGGAAGAUCCCUGUUGGUUGCACAAGGCUGUAAGUAGUAGUGGCUGAAGUGAUGCAUGAUGUAAUUGGGUAUGAAGUACUGGGGCACAUCUACUGUUUUAUGAAAGUGAGAAGCCGGGGGCUGGGGAUUUAGCUGAGUGGUUUCGCCACCUGCUCCGCAAGCGCAAGGACCUGAGUUCGAUCCCCGGUACAAAAAAAAAAAAAGAAAGAAAGAAAGAAGCCAAUCUUAGCUCAAACUAACCCUUAGAACUUUUAGCAGAUUUUAUUGGCAAUAUUGAAACACAUCUAGAAAAAGCUGCUGAUUGAUUCAGUUAUGGGUAUGGAGUUUAAUGACAUUUGUAAUUUAUUACAGUCAAUGCUUUUUAUUGAUUAUAAUGUCUGACUUUUCUUCUCUACUAAGAUUCCUUAGCAGAAAAGUAACUCUUGUGCAUAUAUUGAAGUGGUUUUCCAGCUAUGAAUUCUUUAUGAAACUUACUUACCAAAUGUGAAUUCCUCUGAGAAGGUAUGAAGUUACUUAGAAAUUGACUGUGAAAUGUCAGAGAAAAAUAAAAGUCACUUACUUGAAAACUA